AUCGGGCUGGACUCCGGGCAGAGGCACAAUCGGGCUGGACUCCGGGCAGAGGCACAAUCGGGCUGGACUCCGGGCAGAGGCAUCCGGGCAGAGGCACAAUCGGGCUGGACUCCGGGCAGAGGCACAAUCGGCUGGGCUGGACUCGGGCAGCAGAGGCACAAUCGGGCUGGACUCCGGGCAGAGGCACAAUCGGGCUGGACUCCGGGCAGAGGCACAAUCGGGCUGGACUCCGGGCAGAGGCACAAUCGGGCUGGACUCCGGGCAGAGGCACAAUCGGGCUGGACUCGGGCAGAGGCACAAUCGGGCUGGACUCCGGGCAGAGGCACAAUCGGGCUGGACUCCGGGCAGAGGCACAUCGGGCUGGACUCCGGGCAGAGGCACAUCGGGCUGGACACAUCGGAUCACCAGGCGAAGCGGCAGGCACCGGGCCACCAUGCGGAGCGGCAGAUGACUCGGUGCCCGCUGUCUUGCCAGAUGACUCGGAGCCUGCUGUCUUGCCAGAUGACUCGGAGCCCGCUGUCUUGCCAGAUGACUCGGAGCUCGCUGUCGAGCUUGGUGACCCGGUGCCCGCGGUUCUGCCAGUUGACUCGGAGCCCGCUGUCGUGCCAGAUGACUCGGAGCCCGCUGUCAUGCCAGAUGACUCGGAGCCCGCUGUCAUGCCAGAUGACUCGGAGCCUGCUGUCGAGCUUGGUGACCUGGUGCCCGCGG